CAGGAGGAAUAAUUUCAUUCAUGAACUUAGACAUUAUCAUCAUAAGUCUCGUAUCUCCUCCCUGUCUCUGUUGGAUGUAUAUAAUCUUCAAUGUUGUCCCCUUGCACUUCUUCGCAACUGAACAAUGGCUAUUACUCUGUCGGCGAUCAAUGCGUUCAGUGUCCCGCAGGAAGUUAUUGCAGAAACAAUCAAAAAUACGACUGCGUACCUGGAACUUACAACUCCGAUAUUGGAUCUAGUUCAUCCAUCGCCUGCUCGUCGUGUCCGUUAGGCACUUCAAACCCAAAUUCUGCUUCAUCUUCGGCUUCAGAUUGUACUCCGUGCUCACCUGGGUCAUAUUCCUCAUCUCUGGGAGCGAUGCAGUGUACCGCGUGUCCUGCGGGUACUUCAAACCUGAAAUCCGGGUCUAUAUCAUCCUCGUCUUGUACCAGCUGUGGCGCCGGCUACUACUCCGAACCUGGUGUCAGUCAAUGUACUGUUUGCCCAGCUGGGCACUAUUGCAGCGGCGGCGACAAGUUUGCCUGCCCUGCCGGGACUUCCAAUUCCCUCACGGGCUCCAUGAACUCUUUCGCUUGCACAAUAUGCCCAGUGGGUAGCGUCAGUGGUCCCGGAAGCUCACAGUGUAACGAAUGCCCAGCGGGAACGUUUGAGACAGGGGAUAAUCGUCAAUGUAGAACUUGCUCCGCGGGCACAUUCUCCUUGUCGGGAUCUUCCAGUUGUUCAGAGUGCUCCGAGGGAACAUAUCAGCCCAAUUUCGGACAAAGCCAAUGCAUUACCGCCGCUCCGGGACACUAUGUUUCCAAUAAACGCAGCAACACUCAAACUCCUUGCGAUGCAGGCUCUGCGCAGCCUCUCAGUGGUCAGAAAUCAUGUGAUCUAUGUGCGCCAGGUUUCUUCCAAGCUCAAGCUGGGCAAGUGUCUUGUUGUCAGUGCUGCGCUGGAUUCUAUUCUUCCAAUUUCGGCUCAAAGACUUGCAGCCAAUGUGGUGCACAAGGUACACAAAGCCGUGGUACUUCUCACCCUGGUUCUACAUCAGCCAGUGCGUGCAUGGCUGGUAGUAAUCCCCAGCCUGUAAAAACUUGUUCACAGGCUAGCAAUGACAUUUGUCCUGCUGUCAUUGCCAAAACACCAUCCAAACGUUCGCCCUCGCAAUUGCAUGCAGAUUUCUGCAGUAUUAGCGUUCCCCGCCGGCAUUGGUGCAAAGUCCUCAACGGAGGAAUGGAGUGUGUAGACACGAUGAACGAUUUGGAGAUGUGUGGAGGUUGCCUUGAACCUGGACAUGCCGAGGACCUGACCACUGGAGCUCGAGAUUGCAGUGCCAUUGAAGGCGUUGGUAAUGUGCAAUGCAAGCAGGGUAAAUGCGAAAUAGGCAGUUGUCGCAAAGGAUUUCAGGUAUCCACGGAUGGCAGGACAUGUGUGCGUGUCAAGCUCGCGGAUAUACACAAACGUUUGUCCCAUGCGUCUACGAAGAGCAAAGGCUGGGAAGUCUCGUUAUGAAAUAUUUAUACACUCACAGUAUUACGCAUAUACCAAGUAUCAUAUACCACACCGUUAUAUCAAACAGAAAUCAAUCAAACGAAAUUAAACUAUGUUCCACUGCAGGAUAUUGUCCGACUUUUUGAAAAUGUGCGUAUCACAGGUAUGAAGCCU